CUAAACAACAAUUCUCUUCACUUUACCAAACAAAGGAACUUAAUUAGCCUCAACAAGAUGUAUUUACCAUCACAAACUAAACUUUCCAAACCAAUAUUGUUUGUUACCAUUGCUAUAAUGGCAAUAGCAACAAACAUAUCAGCUAUUGAUCCUAUUGCAGCCACAGGAAAAGAACCAAUCAUUGAGUUAUUCAUGCAUGACAUUCUUGGUGGAAGUAACCCUACAGCGCGACCAGUAACCGGUUUGCUCGGAAACAUAUACAGUGGUCAAGUUCCUUUUGCAAUGCCAAUAGGUUUCAACAUACCAAGUAAUAGUAUCCCAAUCCCUAAUGCAAAUGGUGCUAAUCCUACUGUCAAUGGUUUUAGUGGUAUCCCUUUAGGAACUGGUUUAUCUGGUACUUCCUUUGCACCAAACAACAACAAUAACAAUCAAAACAAUGCUCAGUUAACAUUAGGACCUGAUGGACUUGGAUUAGGAUUUGGUACAAUUACUGUUAUUGAUGAUGUAUUAACAUCUCAACCUGAAUUAGGUUCACAAAUUGUUGGAAAAGCUCAGGGGGUGUAUGUAGCAAGUUCAGCUGAUGGGAGUAGACAAAUGAUGGUGUUUACAGCACUUUUUGAAGGAGGGGAGUAUGGUGAUAGUUUGAAUUUUUAUGGUUUGUUUAAGAUUGGAAGUACUAUGUCGCGAUUGUCGGUUAUAGGAGGGACAGGGAAGUUUAAGUAUGCAAAAGGGUUUGGUGAAUUGAGACCUCUUAUUCCACCUGGACAGGUUGCUACUGAUGGUGCUGAGACUUUGUUGAGGAUUACUGUCCAUUUGAAUUACUGAUGAACAUUGUUGUUAUAUUGUGUGUGAAAGCAUGUGGGAAACUGUUUGAUUACUGAUAUGAUUUUUUCAGUUUGGUCUUUUUUUUUUUAAUUUUUAUUGCAGAAUGUAUUUGAAAUCUUAGUUGUAAUCUUAUGUAAAAUUGAGUUUUUCA